CAAGAACACGAAAGCAUACUGGGCGUUCAUAAGUGCCUAUCGAUAUCACUGCUACUAUACUCGUGCUAUUUUCAUAUGUUUCGAAGAUAAUGUCCACGAACUAGCUCUUUAGACAUCACAAACAACCGCAAAGUCAGACAUCAUUCAACGCUUCCAGCAGCAGUUAUACAUAUGACAGAUGCGUGCUAAGGUUCAUCCAUCCGGUGCGGCGUCUGAGUGGAGAUCAGCUCAAGGACCCUUGCCGAAUGUUGGCUUUUUCCGUGCCCAGUACCUCGCUUUGCGAGAGGAAGGCUUUCUUGGAACUCUGGCCAUCAGAGGCAAACCACAAGAGCUCCGAGAGAGACUGAAAGCUAUGUGGACAACACUAGGCGUCGUAUCAGCUCUCCUGUCAGGUGUCGUACUGCCCACAGUCAUCAGCCCAGACCAGCAGUGGAAAUCGGACGAAGAGGCUACACCGGUGGCGAAGGCUUUUGUGUACUGUAUUGUAAUCUCUUUUGGACUAUCGUUCACAGUUGUGAUGAUAUGCACACUGCUGAUCUUCAGCAUCGACAUGAUGCCUACGGAUGAAAACAUCCGGUCCUUCGUUCAAAGGUUCCAGCGCCUGAGCGACCUGGGGGUGUUCAUGUUCGUUUGCUCCAUCGGCACCAUGGUGGGCGGCUGCAUGGCGUCCAUCUACAGCAAUUACGGACGGACCACCUUCAUCGCCAUGGUGUGGUACUUAGGAUUCCUCCUGGGUUUCCUGGGAAUCGCUUUCAUCUCCGUCCACAGCUAUAACGCAACGAUCAUCGUAAACUAUAGACUAACUUCCACACCAGGCGCAAUGGAGGGCGGGGAACGGCAGCAACAAGGAGAUCGACAACAACAAGGUUCGCAGCCGUGGCAGCCCUUGACAGAAGCGCCGGCGGUCAACGCUGCUGAGGGGCCUGGCUUGAUAGCAAAACCAACAGUAGCACGUGCGCCAGCGUUGGUGUCCGCACCGGUCGCAGACGUUGGACCUUCGGCUGAAGCGUUGGAGGAGUCGGAUCCAGCGCAAACCCUUCACACGGUGAUGGGUAUGCGCUCUGGGGUGCGUCUGGCCUCCUGAGGCAGAUAGUGAGGAGCCAACCACUGGUGUGGGGCUACGGGCGAGGACACCUAAGUGGUGGCUUCGAAUUAUUUGACCAGGCGCCGGUCAUUGGGAUCAGCGGCAGGGAGCCAGUGGCGCCCGCCUGGAGCAUAAACCAGCACUGGAGCCGCCGAUUACUGAAGGAGGCGCUCGCGAGCUUUAGCCGAGACAACCCGAACUCGCAGAUAGGCACCGUAGAAAGCUUCGCGGCUCAUAGCCUGGCUGGCGCCAACCCGAGGGACACACAGUGGCAACUCUGCCACAGAUAUGCCCGGCGAGGGGACGUUACAGCUUACAAGAGGGACAGAGUAGCAGGUCACGCGGCCAUGGGCCCGCCGCCUUGUGUAUGGUUGCUAGUGCCGUUUCACCCGUAUCGCAUUUGCUAUCUGUGGCUACGUGAUAACUUGGUAAGGCCUGCGUGAUCUCUGUACCCGAGAUGUGCCGACAUGGCCUGAGUUUAUUGCGGCUCUGCCUCGGCUGAGAGGCGCGCCCCGUUGGGGUGCGGUGCUGCUGCUCCAUCCUUGACAGCAGGAGGAGAACGGAACACCAUGUAAGCGUUUACAUUUGAA